AAGGGACUAAUAAUGUAAAGUUCUGAAAGGGGGCAUAUAGAGUACAUUUCAAGUGGAAAUAUUGUUAAUGUUAUUAAAAGUAUAUACAGUAGGAAAACAUUCCUAAAGCAUAAUGGAGUGGUUAGUGCUUUGUGUCACACCAAAGGUUGAUUAAUAAAUUUAAAUAAACAUAAAUAUCUCACUUUGAAGAAAAAUAACAAGUUGCUGAAAGUCAGUAAGAACAAAACUGUGCCUUUAUAAGGAGAGAGAGAGAGAAGUAUAAAAAGAGGAAGCAGAUCUGGAAUCUUCACAUAUAUUUUUUAGACUCCAGUUGAUAAAACGUGGUGAGGAGCUGCUCUCGUGAAGACGAUGAACUGACUGCUGCAAUGCCUGGAAGAAAUCUGUUCAGACUGUUUGGUGUGAGCUUUGGACUGUUGUAUAUCUUACAAGCUGCUCUCAACAUUUCACUGCGUCUGACUUUCUACAACACAUCAGACAUCGAGGCCAUUUUGAAAAAUGUGACUAAAGAGAGAGACGAGCUGAAGCGGAAGCUGGCUAUCUUUGCUGAAUAUUCUCACCAAGGAUGGAUGUAUUUCAACGACAGUUUCUACUACAUUUCUUCACAAAAGAAAUCCUGGCAAGACAGCAGAAGUGACUGUCUGCAGAGAGGUGCAGACCUGAUGAUUAUCAACAACAAAGAAGAACAGGAGUUCACGAGACAUUUCCAGAGGCUCGUGUGGAUCGGACUGACUGACAGAGAGACAGAGGGGAAGUGGAAAUGGGUGGAUGGGACUCCGCUGACGACAAGCUACUGGGCCACUAAUGAGCCAAACAGUUAUAAAGGCAGAGAUGAAGACUGCGGAGAAAUAAAGUACUAUGAUGAUGAAAACAGCUGGAACGAUCAAUCGUGUGAAUCUCAAAACAUCUGGAUCUGUGAAAAGACAAUAUCUUUGUAACUCAGCAACCAAACUCUAAGACAACAACUGAAAUGUUGGUGAUGGCCAAGCUGCAGAUAACGUAGCUCAUUUCACCGCUUUAAUUGCUGAGAAUCAUAACAAGACUGUAAUAUAUUAUAAUCUGAUUCAGUGGCUUCAUAAGAAUACUCAUUUUAAAUGCAGUUUACAAAUGUAUCAAUUAAUUAAAGCCACUGUGUGUGACUUUGACUGUGAAUCCAGUUUCAGAAUAAAUGUCUUUUCUCUGUUACAAUGUCAGUGUUGAACUGGUGCCGUGGCCCACAGAGCAGUUGUUGUUGCAGGAGACAACCAGCUGAAUGCAGGUCUAUGUUGUUUAUGCAUGUCUGCUUUAGGCAAAAUAUGCUCAUGUUUGUGUGCACAUAAUGAAAAAUUUAUUAUCUUAUGACACAAAGGCUCUUAAAAUAUUUAAACAUUUAUUAUAGGUUUAUGAUAUUAUAGCAGUGCAUGAGCGGCAAGUACUCGCUUAACCUUAGUCAUGACAAUUCAAGUCUGGGAACUAUGAGAGACUCACCUGACUUAAAAAGAAGAAGAAGAGAAUAGCUUCAACUGUUGUUUACAACAAAUCCUGUGUGUUUGCAGUGUGUUUAUCUCGAAUAAAUGAUGAACAAAUACUAUAUAUAUAAAUAUAAAUAUCAGUAAUUUAUCAACAAUAUGUUAAGUUUUGCUUGAAUAAAAGGUUUGAAUAGUCUCA